AUGGCGCAGCAUGACUUUGCUCCAGCCUGGCUUAAUUUUCCUACUCCACCAUCAUCAACAAAGUCGUCACUGAACUUUGAAAAACAUUCUGAAAACUCUCCGUGGACAGAGAAUCGUCAUGAAGCAAAUCGCAGAAGACACAACUCUUCAGAUGGAUUUGAUCCUAACAUUGGUUGGUCUAAUGGAGGGCAUUUGGGGAGAAAAGAGAAGAAUGGUUGGCGUUCACAAGGCAGAAGUGGUACAGAAAAUACAAACCAUCGUGGGGGAUACCAUGGUGGAGGUUCCCGCGCUCGUACCAGCACUUUCCACUGUGGAAGAGGCCAAGGAAUGCAUGAAAACAAUGUACCUGAUAAUGAAACUAGGAAAAAGGAGGACAAAGAAGUACCCAAGCAGUUUGAGGCUGAGGAUUUUCCGUCUUUGAACCCUGAAUAUGAGAGGGAACCAAACCGGAGUAAAUCUUCAGCUGCAGGUGUGUGGGAGUACCCUUUGAAUCCUAAAUCUAGAUCUCAAAGAAUGCUGGUCAUUAAAAAGGGCAAUACAAAAGAACUGCAGAUAUCUGGAUUCCCAGUAGUUGGAAGUCUUCAUUCACAGCCAGUAAGGGUUGGAAGUGGCCCAAGUGUUUAUAAAGGAUUGGUCCCUAAACCUGUCACUCCACCUGCGAAGUCUACACAGUGGAAAAGCCAAGCAAAGGAAAAUAAACUUGGAAAUCCAUUUCCUCAUGAAUCUGCCUGUGGUGUUGGCAAUUUCAGUCCUUUCAAAUCAACUGCCAAGGCAUUUACUGUAUCACAGAAUUCAGUGAAAGAGUAUAAUCGGUCGAAUUCUUCAUCCCCUGUUGACAAAGUUGGUCAGCCUCGUUUAACAAAAUUGACAAGAAUGCGGACUGAUAAGAAGAGUGAAUUUUUGAAAGCCUUGAAACAACAUAGAGUGGAAGAGGAACAUGAAGAUGAUAAUCAUACUGGGCAAGAGAAG